CCAGAGUCUGCAUCCUACCUACAUAUGGCACUGAGAAUACCUCAGGCCCCACGCAAAAGACGUCCCUUGUUUUCCAGGCACUGAAGACCACAAUCCCUAAUUCCUGGCAGUUCCUGAGAUCACAAGGAAAGCAGGGUCAGCGAGGAGGCCUGGGGAGAGGCAUCCUACACCAGAUUUUGUGGUCUGUAUUUGGCAUGCUGCCUAAGAGAAACAGGAGACCAUGAGAGCUACGCUAACACUAGAAGCCAUGGCCAGUGUAGAAGAAUACGGGCCGAGGAACUGUGUGGUGUGUGGAGAUCGAGCCACAGGCUAUCAUUUCCAUGCCCUGACUUGUGAGGGCUGCAAGGGCUUCUUCAGACGAACCGUCAGCAAAACCAUUGGUCCCACCUGUCCAUUUGCUGGAAGGUGUGAGGUCAGCAAGGCCCAGAGACGCCAUUGUCCAGCCUGCAGGUUGCAGAAGUGUCUAAGUGCCGGCAUGAGGAAAGACAUGAUACUGUCAGCAGAAGCCCUGGCAUUGCGGCGAGCCAGACAGGCACAGCGGCGGGCACAGAAAGCAUCUUUGCAACUGAGUCAGCAGCAGAAAGAGCUGGUCCAGACCCUCCUGGUGGCCCACACUCGCCAUAUGGGCCCCAUGUUUGACCAGUUUGUGCAGUUCAGGCCUCCAGCUUACCUGUUCAUCCAUCACCGGCCUUUCCAGCCUCUGGCCCCCGUGUUGCCUAUGCUCACACACUUUGCAGAUAUCAAUACUUUCAUGGUGCAGCAGAUUAUCAAGUUCACCAAGGAUCUGCCCCUUUUCCGGUCCCUAACCAUGGAGGACCAGAUCUCCCUUCUCAAGGGAGCGGCUGUGGAAAUAUUGCAUAUCUCACUCAACACUACAUUCUGUCUUCAAACACAGAAUUUCUUCUGUGGGCCUCUUUGCUACAAGAUGGAAGAUGCAGUCCACGUAGGGUUCCAGUACGAGUUUUUGGAGUUGAUCUUUCACUUCCAUAGAACACUGAAAGGACUGCAGCUGCAGGAGCCCGAGUAUGUGCUCAUGGCUGCCAUGGCCCUCUUCUCUCCUGACAGGCCUGGAGUUACCCAAAGAGAAGCGAUUGAUCAUCUGCAAGAGGAGAUGGCACUGAUUCUGAACAACCACAUUAUGGAACAACAGUCAAGGCUCCAAAGUCGGUUUCUGUAUGCAAAGCUGAUGGGCCUGUUGGCUGAGCUCCGGAGUAUAAACAAGGCAUACUCAUAUGAAAUGCAGCGCAUCCAGGGACUGUCUGCUCUGAUGCCGCUGCUUGGGGAGAUUUGCAGCUGAGGACCAGGCUUGCAUCCUUUCCCAGACUGGAUGGGGAUACACUGGACUGGAAAGGGGAAAGUGCUGGCGCCCCAAAUGGGAACCAACAGAGAGGAACUCGGCAAUGGCAAUGAAACACUGAACAGUAACUGUCUCUUCGUGCCGUCAUCAGUGGGGCAUGGAGUGGGCAGGGGACAGAGAGAAGGAAGUUGGGUGACUAUAGGGCCAAAGUUGUUCCCUGGAAACACAGAGCAUCAAAAGGAAGGAAGCCUCAGGGCUAGGAGGUGGAUGAAGUUCCUUCUGGGAAUGGGUGGGUCCAUUCUAUGGUCUUUCUGUGGCCAAAGAUUUAGCUCUUUAGUCCUACCUUCCCAACCUUGAGGGGCCGAGGAAUGGGAAAACCAGGAGAAAUGGGAUAGACAGGAGGCCUUUUUCCUGCUCCUUAUUUUCAUGCAGAUUUCUCUGCUUUGAAGAAGGAGGAGCUAAUAUCUUAAUCAAACAAAAAUAAUGAAAAAAAUGAGGUGAGGGAAGCCAGACACAUCCCUUAGUCCUUCUCCUUUUCUCCAGAGCCAUAGAGCUUGUGGGAGAUCAUAGUGGGCUGACGGCAGUAUUGGGAACCUCAACCCGCUGCCUAACUGGAAAAAUGAUUCUGUGGCAGUUCCAGUUCUAAGGAGGAUAUCGUCUUGUCCCCCACUCUGCCCAUGGGACCUAGGAGUCAUCCGGCAAGGUGGGCUUUGGAGAGGGACCUAGUUAGUCUCUGACCCUAAGGCAUCAGACUCAAAGGUUCCAGCGGCUGUGGAAGCUGCUUCCAGGACAGUCUCAGCCCACAGUGAUGCUGAAGCCGCAAUGGAAUCUGUUUCGCCAGUGAUUGAGGAAGGCUCCGAGGGCUAGGGUGACAGGCAGGGGACGGAUCUUCUUCUCCAGCACUGCACCUACACACCAGUUACUGUCCACCAAGCCUGCCAGGGAAAAGUAUAUGACAUGGUUGAUUAGCAGGACUUGGAGUAAAGAGUUAACAGAAAUAAAGCAAAGCCUCCCUCCCUGCAUGUCCCCAAAUCCCUCACCACGUCCACCUGUCACAAAAGCCUCACCUCUAAACACCAUAUCGGCCUGGGGCAGAGUCAGGUGGUAACCAAAGGAGAAGGUCGUAUCUUGUAGCCUUGUAUUUGCCUCAAACUCUACUCCAACCUGAACCUGAGAAGCAGGGACAAGAAUGAGAGGAGGACCCAUUACCAUGAAUCCCACAGGAGUUCCAACAGGGUAUAAGCAGGCUGGAGUACAUGUGUGAAAAUGUAGACCAGAUGAGGAUAGGAAGAACGAUAGGCCAGAAGCCAGGGGAGACUUGAGGGCAGAAGAUUCUGACUGACUGAUUAGGCUGGGGGAUGAACUCAGUAGUCUUACCUGUUCGUUUGCCUUGUGAUAGUAACUUGCAUGGGCCCCACCUGACCCAACAUUCAACGUAGCUACCCAGUGAACAGCUGGGAGAUGGGGAAGAACAGAGGGAAAAGACAGUUACUGUCGUAGAUAUAGGGAAGGAACCCCAGAGAAGCCCAGAACCACUCCUCCUCACCACUAUUCACUUGGUUCCAUACCUGAGUACUUCCCAGCCAGAGUCAAGAUGGCCCCCUCUUCUCCUGGCCGCCGGUGAUAAACUAGCUCUCCUCCAAGCACAAGCCGAUGGGUGAUGCUCUGCAGGAAGUGAGCGACCAUGAUCACUGUCAGGGAGAGAGGAGACAAGAGUCAGGUUCACUUUCUUACCAUCCAGUCAUUCCCACCCUCACAGAAACGUUCCUUUUCUAAUCCCCAAACUGCACUGCACAUGAAACAACACUAGUGACGACUUCUCUUUCUUUACUUUUCUUUUCUUUUUUUUUCAAAUGGACAGGCAAGAACUCUGUCCCAGUUCCCCACCUGAUUCCCCAAUCAGAUCCGGGUUUCCCAGGGUCAGAGUGGCUGUGUAGUCAUCUCCCCGGUACUCGCCGUCAAACUGCCAUGUCAGGAACUUGGCCUGCUGUGUCUGGGUGGGGAGAGUAAGAAAUAAAAUACACUUCUCUCUUUUUAUGUUCA